AUGAGGCGCGGCGAGCGGCGGGGCCACGGCGGGGCCCUGGGCAAGGCCGCGCUGGAGGAGCAGCAGCAGCGGCCGCCGCAGCACAACGGCGGCGCCCCCGCCGAGCGGCCUCCGCAGCCCGGCCCCGACAGGGACGGCCCCGGCCUGCGCCGCAGCACCGAGUCCGAGGUGUACGACGACGGCACCAACACGUUCUUCUGGAGAGCUCAUACCUUAACGGUCUUGUUCAUCCUCACGUGUGCGCUGGGCUACGUAACCUUGCUUGAAGAAACACCACAAGAUACAGCCUACAACACAAAGAGAGGUAUCGUUGCCAGUAUCUUGGUUUUCCUAUGUUUUGGAGUUACACAAGCUAAAGAUGGACCAUUUUCCAGACCCCAUCCAGCUUACUGGAGGUUCUGGCUGUGUGUCAGCGUUGUGUACGAGCUCUUCCUCAUCUUUAUACUCUUUCAGACUGUACAGGAUGGCAGACAGUUUAUGAAGUACAUUGAUCCACAUUUAGGUGUUCCUUUGCCAGAAAGAGACUACGGUGGCAACUGCCUUAUUUAUGAUCCUGGCAAUGAAACGGAUCCAUUUCACAACAUCUGGGACAAACUGGAUGGAUUUGUCCCUGCUCACUUUUUUGGCUGGUACCUGAAGACGUUGAUGAUUCGAGACUGGUGGAUGUGUAUGAUCAUCAGUGUGAUGUUUGAGUUCCUGGAGUACAGCCUGGAACACCAGCUUCCAAACUUCAGUGAAUGUUGGUGGGAUCACUGGAUAAUGGAUGUGAUCUUAUGUAAUGGCUUGGGAAUUUACUGUGGGAUGAAGACUCUGUCUUGGCUUUCUUUGAAAACAUACAAAUGGCAAGGACUUUGGAACAUUCCUACUUACAAAGGUAAAAUGAAGAGAAUUGUCUUCCAGUUCACCCCAUACAGCUGGGUCAAGUUUGAGUGGAAGCCAGCCUCCAGCUUACGCAGAUGGCUAGCAGUCUGUGGCAUAAUCUUCGUAUUUUUGUUGGCAGAGCUGAACACAUUUUACUUGAAGUUUGUCCUUUGGAUGCCACCAGAACACUACUUGGUCCUGUUACGACUUGUGUUUUUUGUCAAUGUGGGAGGUGUGGCUAUGAGGGAGAUCUACGACUUCAUGGACGACCCGAAGUUCCAUAAGAAGCUGGGGCAGCAGGCGUGGCUGGUCGCUGCCAUCACUGCCACGGAGUUUCUGAUCGUCGUGAAGUACGAUCCCUACACCCUCACCCUCUCCCUGCCCUUCUACAUCACCCAGUGCUGGAUCCUGGGCAUUAUCCUGGUGCUCACCUGGACAGCCUGGAGGUUCUUCAUCCGGGACAUCACUCUGCGGUAUAAGGAGAUCAGGAGACAGAAGCAAGAGCACAAACAUGAAAAGGACAAAUGCUUGAGCAACGGUGAUGGACACUCAUCAGUGCUGGAUGAACCAAAUGGGAACAAACUAAGGGAGAGGAAGCUCUGAGCGACAGACCGAGGGCUGGAGGAAACUCGUAGUGCUCCCGUUGGCCUGGUGGACAGUUUCAACCUUAUCCUACCUAAUGUAAUUCCCAUUGUUAGCUUUCCAAGGUGUGAGAAUCCUCUCGAGGGGGGAGAAAAGGUGUCACUUUGGCAUACACACCCUUUCUUCUCGUGUACAGGUAGUCAGAGGGGGAGAAAGUCCGUGUGUAGAGGAGUCGGAGCCGACCCGCCGCAGCCAGGUGGGGCCUGCAGUCAGGUGUGUGGGGUGUCUGCCCUCGAGGGGAGGAGUGGACACAGGGGGCUUGAAAACAAAGUGCAAAGGGAAUCUAGCUGAUCCAUUUCCAGUAGACUGUGAGGUUUUGAUGUUUGGGCAUUAGAACACUUGUUUUGGAGUGUACAGAUACCAGACACGGGAAAUGAACUCUAAUUGAUACGGUUUUUUACAUGACUACCUUGAGCUGUGCAGUGAGGUUGUGUGGAGUGUUCAGCCACCAGUGCUCACCAGUGCUCACCAGUUCACACCAGUGCAGCCAGAGGAGCACAGAGGAACUGACACUGGUGAACAAGCUGCGUAACUUGCACAGAGCGUGACCCAGUACACUACUGGUACAGCCCCUGUGGCACGGGGGCUAUUGCCUUGCUCUCAGCUGACUUCCAACAGCCUGGAAUAGCCCACAAGUAGUUUUAUGUCGUGUCCCAGCUCCAGGGAGACAGACGGCUUCUCCUUAGCUCGCUCUUAAGUUCUCUUUUAGUCUUAGUCGUCCCUCAGGGGAAAGGGAAAGUUAAACAAGAAAGGUCAACCUGCCUUUCCUCUGCUUCCUGGAGUAAAAGGCACCACAGGCAGAAAACUGGGAGUUACUCUGUCAGUCUUAAGUUAUUUGCCUUAUUCUCAGCUCUUUUAGUUCGCUUACCAAGAGGGUUUCACUGCUGGUGGCUGCUCUGUGAGCACGGCAGGUUCUGCAGAGUCUGGGAGCUGCCACAGAGCACGUGCCCUGGGAAGGGCCUUGCACCCACUGCCCGGGCAGCAGCCCCAGCCCAGGGCAGCAGCCCCAGCCCAGGGCAGCUCCUCCCCGAGCUGGGCAGCCUUUGGCAUGGAGACUCAGCAGCCAGAAGAGAAGCCUUGCUUUGGGUAGUCGCUGCUGUAACCUGCUCUGAGCCCUCCCCUCUGCUCCCUAGGCCCUGAGGGAGUGACCAUCUCACUUGGGCAGUGCUGCCAUCUCAUCUGGCUGUUAAGGGAAGAAAAUGACAUAACAGCAACAGCUACAUGUGCAGCCCCAGCCUUUGUGUGUGGCAGGGGGCUCAGGGAGCUGCCGGGAGCCAACAGCCGCCUUUCUGACCCCAUCUGGUCCUGUCUGUGAAUGACAACCAAACUCUGCCUGUCUCCCGUGCUCACAGAGUGCCCCCAGCACCUCUCCAGCCCUGUUCCGUGGCAGCAGGGCAGUCUUCCAUGAGCCAAGCAGUCUGUUGAGCCCCAGGAGGCCGCAGUGCAGCCUGCAGAGGGUGAGAGUGUGUGGGGCAGCCCCAGCCCCCGCCCUGCACCCUGGGCAUCACUGACCCCGGAGCGUGCUGCUGUGGGCUGGUGCAGGGUGGAGGCAGUGUCAGCAGGGCCUGUGGCUGGGCAGGGUGCUGAGCCCAGUGGGUGUUUGUUCCUCUGCCUUCCCACGCAGAGCCGUUCCCGCUGCGGCUCUGGCUGCUCGGUGGCUCGUGGUUGUGUCUCAGCCCGGCUCAGGUCAGUGUAUCUCCGUUCCGUUUGUGCUGAUUAACUCUGUGCUCCCUUCCAGUCUCUGCAAUGCACCCUCCUGGGUCUGUCUCGUGAUUUGGGUGGUAGCAGGCACCCCUGGGGGGGUCUGACCCAGCUCCCCCUUCUCCCCUCCCCGCCAAAGUCCCGCUGACGUGCGCUGAAACAACCAGGAGGGGUCCCCGGGGUGCUGCCUGGGACUGGCUCCGGGGCUCUGGCCUCGCAGAUGAAACACUGACUGACUGUCUGCAUCCAUCCAUCCCAAAGCUUUUGUGGGGAGCCUGGGGGGUGUAAUAAAGCGCUGUGUGCUGGU